CCUGCCCUCAGGUAACUGUUAGUCCUGUUGCUCUUGGAUCGCGUUGCAUAUCUGAGCGGUGUGUUGAGGAUUAUUUUUUGAUGAAAAUCUUGCCAAAGGGAUAGACACCCAAGCUGCUGGAACCCACCUGGGCAGGUUCUCGUGGCGGGUUGGCCAUGCCUUCACGAGGACGCGUGAAUCGACGCUCAAACGUCAGACGAACAAAUGUCACCGCCUGCAAACGAUGCCGGUCUCGAAAACAGCGCUGCGACCAGAACAUCCCGGCUUGCUCUAACUGUGAGCGUGCUGGCGUUGCUUGUGUGAGUACUGACAUUGACGGUAAAGUUGUGCCCCGAAGCUACAUACAGAGCUUAGAAGACAGGGUAGCUUAUCUCGAAUCCCAACUAGAAAGCCGAGGAAGUCUUGACUUCCAAUCAAACUCGGAGGACUCUGCCGAGCCACGCCAGGGUGGAACCUCAUGCAGAGAUCCGAUCGAGCUGGUUCUUUCCCAGAGCCUGAAUACAGACGUGUUUUACAAUACCAUCGCAACUUCCAAUGGACAGUCGCUUCUUCGCCUGUUGCUGGCUGAGCCGGUCAGAAGCGUGUUGCAGACGUCGCGACCGGAAGAUCAUCGGGCUGUUCUAGAUGAGUUACCGAGUGAUGCGCAAGCCUCGUUACCCAGUCGAGACGGUGCAAAGCGACUUAUUGACACCUACUUCGAACACUGCGAGUUCUUCUCUCCCAUCAUAUCAUCGAAAGAUGUCUUUUCUUCCUCAAUUGCGGUGCUCUGUAAUCAGCAAUCCGAUCCAGGAAGCUCUGCGGGAUCACCGAGCACUUUCCGCGCAUACAUCGUCUUUGCCACAGCAAUACUGUUGCUUAACAGGACAGAUCCCGCCUUCCCCAUUGCCAGGGCAGACAGCUACUUUGCUUCAGCAAUCCGACUGCUUGCCCAAAAUCCAGCCGCCAUUUGUGCAGGCGAUCAAUUAUGCAACUUGCUGCUCGUGGCACAGUAUUGUUCCUUCGCCUCUAAUCUGAGCGGAGCAUGGCACUUUAUUGGCCUUGCAUCCAGGCUGGCAGUCGAACUGGGCUUGCAUGAUGAGCGUGCUCUUGAUAUGAGGCUCAGUCAGGACGACGUCAAUCAGCGCCGAUGGCUUUUCUGGGGUUUCUAUACUUUGGAGCGUAAUCUUUGCGUCGUUGUGGGAAGACCAUUUUCGAUCCCAGACGAAGCCAUUCACACGCCAUUGCCGGAGCUCGCUGAGGGCGAAGACAGCCGGGCCAUGGCUCUUCACCUAAUCAAGCACCGCAGGCUCGAGUCAGAGAUCUACACCACUAUCAAUCAGAAAGCACCGGCGAACGGCGCUGUCAUUGACUUAUUCGCUUGGCGGGAUGCGAUGAGAAGUAGAGUCAUUGAAUGGUCGAGCUCAACGCCAACCACAUCCGCCGCGUCCACACAACUUACACCCACCGGUAUCUUCAGCUCCUUCUUGCACAUCGAUCUCGUUAAUCUCUACUAUCCUUCUGCAGCUUUUCCAGACCCGUCGCAAAACGAUAUCCUCAUAAUCGCGCAGAGCGCCUCCGAGAGCAUUGCCAACUAUCGCCGCGCCUUUCGAGACGGACAGCUACGCUUCUUCUGGCGUACUACGCACAAUCUUUUCAAGAGCGGUGUUGCGAUGGCCUACUGUGUUCACCUGAACUCUUCAAACCAGUAUCCUGACUUGAAUCAAGCGGACAUGAUUGCAUCUGUCAACACCUGCAUGUCUGUCCUCUGGGCCAUGGUUGAGCGUUAUCCUCCUGGCUCGGUAUAUCGAGAUGCAUAUGAGCUUCUGUCAAAUUCUGUGCUUAGAUCGGGUGACAAUGUUGGCAGCCUCGGGGAUUUUCAGCGUCAGGGAACCUCUCAGUUUGCCUUUGAACCGACAUUCUGGACGGACAUUUCAUUGCCUCAGGCAUCAAUUGAUGCUUUAAAUUGGGGCUUCGGGGGUUUCUCAUGGAAUUAAGGCUAUCUUCGCACACGCUAAACUUGACUCCACCUGAAAGGACUUGUCUCUAGGAUAAAUAGACCCUGGACGUGCCUGGGAAAACAUGAAUUACAUUAGGAACACCAGGCGGCGGCUAAUCGAUGUGUGGCAUUGGUUCUCUUUG